AAUUUCAAAAGUACUGUCCAAUCUUUCAAUUCACAACAAUUGAUCAGAGAAACACUCCUAUGACGGCGUGUCCUUUGAAUAAAGCAACUCAGGGUCAAUAGUGCUCACAGUUCUAAAAAUAUUCAUGACACAGAUUGAAAAUUUCACUAACAUUCGCAAACUGCCAAUAAGUUAUUGAACAUUAAUACAAACUUCAAUUGAACAUUGAUCUGGGUCGUAGUUAUCGAAUACUUGAGUUUAAUCGCUCGGCGAUCGCACCUAUGGAACGUACCUGUGAUCGAUAAUCCAAUACGAGUUAGCUAUGUCACUACCCAUCAAUAGAUCGGGUUUUCUAUGAUAUUUAAGCGAAAUAAGACAUGUACAGACAAUACAUGAAACAGAUCGGAUCUAAACAACAACGCACAGAUAUGCGAACGAAGUCUGUCAAGAGUGAUUCUUCGGUGAAGGAUUUAAUAAGUGACAGCGUUGCUGUAGGUCAUGUAAAUUCUGAAACAGACGGUGGUGUCAAUGGAGAAAUGGAAUCGGAACGUGAUCUAGAACACGCGGAUUUCGAUUGCAACAGUGUAAAUACUCGUUCUUCUUCCAAGUCGCAGCAUAGGAAGCUUGUGCUACAUUUCGACAUCCGGAACACGGUGCUCGUGGCGGACUCUGUCACGAAUGUCUCGGUGGAACAGGCGCUCAACAGCUUCCUUACCGGGGUCACGUGGGGUCGCGAGGGGCCGGAAGGUGAGUGGCAGUGGCACUCCGACAGCCUCUCACUGACCCCACCAGCGAAAGAUGUCAUUACAUAUUAUAAAUAUCUAGAAAAGAAGUUCGUCAAGAACACGACGGAUCGAACUCAGCUUAGAUUAGCUACUGGAGAUUUCACUCAUAACGAAAAGGGCCAAAUAUUUCAUUCACAUUUUCUGAAUCACUUAGAAUUAUUAAAAUGGAGGCACGAAUUUGAUAAACCCAAACAUGACGUGCUCACAAUGUCCGGCGCGGACGGACAGCAAUAUAACUAUAUCGUGCCCGCAGUGUAUAAGUGCAUUCACCAUCUGAUUGAAACAAAACGAGACUUUGCCGUGAUAUUUAGAACAUACGGACUAGACGCCCCGAACGUUAUCAAAAGCUUGUCUCACGGACUAAAAGGUAACCAUCCUGGGUUCCCUAAACCAGUCUCGUUACCCGUUGACGAAAACAUUGGCACAGUAAAUCGAAGCAAGACUGCACCAACUGAAUUUAUUGUUUAUGGAAAACCGGAACCGGAAGUGCUCAAAGGUGAUAGGGCAAUUUACGACAUGUUGUCGCAAAAGGAGGGCAUUUCCGGUUUUCGGGACGAUAUUCAUUACUGGUUAGAGAACAACUACCACCACAACACCUCGAAGCCGCUAAUGAUCGAUCCAUUUGACGCCUCCGUCCAUCAUAUUUUCUUUGACGACAAUUAUCGAACCUACGAAGAGGACAGCAUUAUCGACAUACGUCUGUUCGACACGAAGAACGCUUCAGAGGCUCGAAGUUUGAAGGACUUCGAACUGGCGCAGUUUGAGAACGUAUGUGUGGUGCAAGCCGAUCUUAUCAAGUGCAUAGAAGACGAGGAUUACUAUGUGGACCGAGUAGCCGAGUGCGAAACCAAUUACUCAAAGUUCUUACAAAAGUGGGCAAGAUUCUCGCGAAGUAUGUCUGUACGACAAAUGCUCAUAUGAUGGUGGCGACGUGCACUAAAAGCUUGUUAUUGUUUUGUUGCUAAUUUUAGGGUCUUGUUUUAUUCUGAUAAUCGACCAUAAGGGUUUUGGGCCCGUGUUCCCGUGUUGGGAAUACUUAUAUUUUUACAAAUUUAGAUAUAUAUUUCUUAAACCAAAGAAAAUCCCCAUGCAUAUCUGUGGUAUUUCUAACCUUUCUGCUUACAUCCUAAUUUGCUUUACAUUCUUUUAAUUUAGGUAUUUCUUUAAGAGACUCGAGUUAUUAUUUUUUAAUAAAAAACAUUUAAACUGAAGUACCGGUAAUUAUUAAUUUAAAUUAUUAAAUCCCACGCUCUCGUAUGAGUCUUUCAAAUACGCGCCCGGCAUAACAAAUAUUGUUCAUCUCAUUUUAAGUCGAUGCGCUCAACAUGUUAAAAUACAUUGCGUAUAAAUUGUGUAUUUUUAAUAAGCUGAACUGUGCAAUCAAUAUGUGUUUGUGUUAUGCUCAUUAGAACUAUUUGAGGCCGCGACGCGGGACAUGUAAGACUCAAAGCAAAAAAAACACAAUGUUUGCAAAAAAAAUCGCCUCAAUUACAAAAUUUAUUAUAAUACAAAACGUGCGAUAGGUCAUUAUCCAGUACACACGGGCUUUAAGAGGCUGUGCUAUUCAUUAAAUGAUAUUAUUACCAGGGUUGGCACAACCGACCCGGUCAAUCCUCAAAGAGUGGUCAGUACUGGUCGAUUGAAUUAUAGUAACUUUAAUGCCGCAACCUUGUGAUGAACUCAACAUUUUUUAAUUUAUUGUCUUACUUAACAAUAAUAUUUAUACUGCUGCAUGCAUGACAUUUCAUUGUUAAUUAUUGUGAAUUUUUGUUUGUCGUGAUUUAUGUCAUAAACGAACAACGAAUGCAAAAUAAACUAAAUUGAUGAA